UUUUUUUCCGGUUUCGUCAACACUCAACCCGUAUUAGGUUUAGCUUCACAAGUCACGACAUCCAAAACAGGCAGCGUCAUGGUUCCGUGAUAUUAUUUUGUUUUUUAGCAGACGUUCCAUAGAUUUUGUUCACUACCUGUAAACUUUGUAUUUUCCUGUGUUUCCGCCCACCAUCGAAUAUUCCUUUUGAAACACGCCAUUUUUCUCUGACGAAAGAAAGAACAAGCAAAUAUGGCUGCUACGUCCAUAGCAAAUCCGCAAAUGCCUCUUUUGACACCUAUCCCAGGCGGUUUCAUGCAUGGGAAAAUCGUAAGAAUUCAAGGCUCACUAAGUCCCUCAGCCCAACGUUUUGCUAUAAAUCUCCAAUGUGGACCCAAUACAAAUCCACGUGAUGAUUUGGCUUUACAUGUGAACGCAAGAAUCCACGAGCGCGCUGUUGUCAGGAAUUCUCUCGUCAGUGGUCAAUGGGGACCUGAAGAGCGACACGGUCCCACAUUUCCAUUUGUGCCUGGACAAGGAUUUGAAAUACUAAUUUUGGCAGAAUCCAACAACUAUAAGAUUGCUAUCAACGGUCAACAUUUUGCAGAAUUUCGCUCUAGAACUCCAAUGGAGCGUGUUUCAUAUUUAUCGGCCGAUGGUGAAAUAAUGAUAUCUAAGAUAAACUUUGAAGGGGGUAGUCAUGGGAUGCCAGGUAUGCACGCUCCGAUGCCCGCUCCGAUGCCAAUGCCCAUGCCCAUGCCAGGAAUGCCUCAACAACACUAUCCUGCUCCCGGGAUGCCCCAUCAACCUUAUCCCGCUCCAGGGGGAAUGUAUCCGACGCAACCAGGCAUGGGCUAUCCAACGCAACCGGGCAUGGGCUAUCCAACGCAACCAGGCAUGGGCUAUCCAACGCAACCUGGAAUGCAUCCAGCUAAUUAUGGACAUCUUUCUCCAAAAUCAGCCCCCUAUCCUGAUCCCUACGCACCCAAUCCUGAUCCGUACGCGCAGUACCCGAAUCAACCCGCUCACGGCGGUAGUGCCGGUUCGGGCUCAGGAUUGAGCGGUUUGAUAAAUAAGGCUUCCACAGCUGUCGCUGGCCUUGGACUGGCAUCUGGAGUAACUGGAAUAUUGGGAUCUCUUGCCGGAGGAGGACAUCGCAGCAGUGGUUAUCCCGCUGCAGGUUAUCCUACGGGUUAUCCGGGUCAACAACCGGGAUUCAUGAAUCAAGGAAGUGGAGGGGGCGGCCUUCUCGGUGGUCUUGGUACCGCAAUGGGUGCGGCUGCUUUGGGAACUGCUUUGCUCAAUCCCAAAAAAGCUGCCAAGAAACAACAUAAAGCACAAAAGAAGGCGAUGAAAUACGGGAUCCCGCUAGCUGCAGUGGGGGCAGUGGGGGUUGGCGCCUACGGUCUUCACCAUGGAAUGAAACAUCACGGAUAUCAUGGUCGCAGUUCCAGUAGCUCGAGCAGCUCCAGUGAAUAAGAAUGCUCCAUAGUUUCUUAUUACGUAUAGGAUGUGAUGCCAUAUACGGUUUUUCUGUGUGAAA